GUCUGGCUUGUACCAGAAGGCUGAAACGAGGAAGCCUGGUAGAGCAACUGUAAAAUGGCGCCAAGAGCAUCCAAGAAUCGAAAUCCCCCUUCCGAUCCCCAUGGAAUGUUCUCCGGAAUGGUCGUCUUCCUCUUCGAAAACGGAGUUCAAAGUCGCCGAUUACAGAUUUGGAAGCAGAGGCUGGCGCAGAUGGGGGCUACCAUAGAAGACCGCCUGUCCAAGAAUGUCACUCAUGUUCUUGCCGUCAACUCAGAUGUUCUUCUUAAACAAGUGGGUAGGGAACGGUUGGCUCGGUUUAAAGGAAGUGUUCUAACUUAUCAGUGGCUAGAGGAUAGCUUGAGCCUUGGGGAAAAAAAAUCUGAGGGUUCAUAUUAUCUAAACUUGGAAUUAGAAAGAAAUGUUGCAAAGAACAAUUCCAAUGCCGAUGAACCAUCACAAUGCAAGAAGAUUAGACCCUCUCUUGAAGAUUCCAAAAUUGUAAAUGCCCAAAGUAGGAAUAGCACAAGUCAUACUAGUUCUUAUACACCAGCUUCUUCCAGAGACUCUCGAGACUCAUCUCACUCACCAAGUGCACAAACCAGUUGUCCUGAUACCUCAGAUUCGCUGAAUAAGACUGUCGAAGCAUUGCACCAGCAACUGCCGUACAAUCCCCCAGAUUUAAACAGAAAUAUCACUGACAUAUUUGGAAAGCUUACCAACAUAUACAGAGCUCUGGGCGAUGACCGGAGGUCAUUUAGCUAUCACAAAGCUAUAGCAGUAAUUGAAAAAUUGCCUUUUAAAAUUGAAAGUGCAGACCAGGUCAAGGACCUGCCCACGAUUGGAAAGUCAAUGAAGGAUCAUAUUCAGGAGAUAGUGUCUACUGGGAAGUUAUCCAAGCUGGAGCACUUUGAGACUGAUGAAAAGGUAAAGACAAUUACUCUAUUUGGAGAAGUUUGGGGGAUCGGCCCAGCUACUGCUUUGAAACUGUAUGAGAAAGGCCACCGCACGCUAGAUGAUUUGAAGGAUGAAGAUUCAUUAACCAAUGCACAAAAGCUGGGUUUGAAAUAUUUUGAUGAUAUUAAGGAGAAGAUUCCACGUCAUGAGGUUCAAGAGAUGGAACAUCUUUUACAGAAGGCUGGGGAAGAUGUUUUGUCUGGGGUGGUGGUUUUAUGCGGAGGAUCAUUCCGGCGUGGAAAAGCUUCCUGUGGGGAUUUGGACAUCAUAAUUACACAUCCUGAUGGGAAAAGUCAUAGAGGCUUUCUUCCAAAAUUUGUCGAGCAUUUAAAGGACAUGACGUUUUUGAGGGAGGAUUUGAUCUUUAGUAUUCACAGUGAGGAGGAUACCGAUUCCGGGGUUGAUACAUAUUUUGGGUUUUGUACAUAUCCUGGUCGAGAGCUGCGGCAUCGCAUUGAUUUUAAGGUAUAUCCGAAAGACAUAUAUGCAUUUGGACUAAUAGCAUGGACUGGGAAUGAUGUACUAAAUCGGAGGUUGCGACUACUAGCAGAAUCCAAAGGAUAUAAGCUUGAUGAUACGGGCCUGUUUCCAGCCACUCAAGGUUCUGGGGGUAAACGGGGAACGAGGGCUAGCAAGAGUAUGAGUUUUUAUACAGAAAGGGAGGUGUUUGAAUUCUUGGGAUUUCCUUGGCUUGAACCACAUGACAGGAAUCUGUGAGGAAUGUUUAGCUUUUAUGUAUAUUAAUGUUGUAUAUAUUGGAAUGUAUAAAAGGCAGGCUUGUUUUUUUUUGGUCUAAACUUAUAUACAAGAUACUAGAUGAGAGUUACUGUGAAUGCCUCGGGCAUUUUUUUUAUAAGUUGUUUUCAUUUUCUAUGUCAAGUGUAAUGUUUUCAUUUUCUAUGUCAAGUGUAAAUAUGGAUAAAUGGUAUUAUUAAUUAAUUGAUUGAUUGAUUGAAGGGAAAAA